GACACCUUGAAAGUGUCGCUGCGUUACCACAGCUUCAAAUCGAACUUUUAUCACCUGUACGUUCAGCUCUCUUCGCGCGCACAUCGCGAUGGCUUCGGGAAGCCCAGACGACUCUGGUAGGCAAGCUGCCCUUCCCUGGACACCUGACGUGUCCGAGAGUGCAACCGAAGCUCUCCAAGCAUUGGACACUUACAAGAAGAAGGAUCCAUCUAAAGUAGUGGUUCGCUUCAAGGCAGUCGGUAACGCACCAAUCAUGAGGCAGAACUUUUAUAAGAUUACUGCCUCCAACCGUUUCCAGGCAGUCAUACAGUUUUUGAGGAAGGAGCUGGGCUGGAAAGCCGGAGAUCCACUGUUCACAUACAUCAAUCUUGCAUUUUCUCCCGCUCCCGACGACACAGUAUCAAAUCUCUACAAGUCAUUCGCUACGGAAGGACAUCUGAUAGUCAACUACAGCACGACGGCGGCAUGGGGGUUGACAACGUUGACGAUCCGACGGCGUCGAACGCAAAACGCUGUGCAAGAUCAGAUCAACGGUAGAUAG